ACAAUACACAGAAGAAGAUUGGAAAAUGGAGGAUCCUGGGCGGUCGUUGUGUAGAACACAUUCGUGUUCCAGGCAGGGCAGCUAAUGUGUCGACAUCCAGUCAGGCUUUCCCAUGAGGAGGCGUAAAACGUUAUUCAUACUAAUUACAAAAACCAAACAUUUCGUAAAGGCUAAAUAACAGCUUUAGCGUCACUUGUCGCAAAGACGGCUUCUGCGAGCGGGAAUCGACUCGACGCUAAUUGAGCGUUCGCCUCCCAACGAUGACGGGGUACAAAGUGCGAACAGCAAUCAUCUAAAAGUCUCAUAUCCGGGAACGUGUUCGCUUCAACCGGAUAGCCAGCCAGCCAGCCAGCCCGCCCGCCCGGGGCUCGACACGACUGAGAGGGGGAGUCCUCGGCGAGCGAGCGAGCGACGCUACUGCUAGCAUGAUGUUUCCUCAAUCCAGGCACUCGCAGGCUUCAGCUCAGUCCGGACAAGCUCUCAAGUUCACCACCUCCGACUCGUGUGAUCGCAUCAAAGAUGAGUUCCAGUUCCUUCAAGCACAAUACCACAGCCUCAAGCUGGAAUGCGACAAGCUGGCGUCGGAAAAGUCGGAGAUGCAGCGCCAUUACAUCAUGUAUUACGAGAUGUCGUACGGAUUGAACAUCGAGAUGCACAAACAGGCAGAAAUAGUGAAAAGACUUAACGGCAUUUGCGCUCAGGUGCUGCCUUACCUGUCGCAGGAGCACCAGCAGCAAGUCAUGGGCGCCAUCGAGAGAGCCAAGCAGGUCACCCCUCCCGAGAUGAACUCCAUCAUACGGCAACAACUGCAGGUGCAGCACCUGUCCCAGCUCCAGGGCCUGGCCCUCCCGGUGGCCCCCCUCCCCCUGGGCCUGACCCCGCCCAGCCUGCCGGCCGCCUCCUCCGGCUCGGGCCUCCUGUCCCUGUCCUCCAUCCUGGCCAACUACUCUCACGGCCAGGCCGCCCAAGCCGCCAAGGACGACAAGGUCCGCGGGGACGCCGCCCAGUCUCAGGGCCAAGCCGACAGGCCGCCGCCCAGGCCCGAGGACGGCGACAAGUCCGACUGAGGAGGCCCCCGCGGCAGGUAAAGGCCGGGAAGAACGCGGACUCUUCCUUCUCAGUCGACGUAACGUGUACAUAUAGUCACGCUUGUAAUGUACAGGUGUAAAAACAAACAAACAAACAAAGCAUAGAAGGGUAAAUGUUACUCUCCCUUUUUUUUUUUUUUUUUUUUUAACUUUCAUUCCUUCCUUCCCGUAACGGCGUAAAUCAAAAUGGAGUCCGCCUGCCUCUCGUGAGGCAAACCAUCAAAAGCGUUUCUGCGGUGGCAAAUAUGUGCCGCCGGGAUUUGAGCCAAUCGCAGUUCUGCUUUUCUUAGCGUGUGAUGUCACGUGACUAGCAAAGGGUAACUGCGAUUGGCUGGCUGUUCGGUUCUGACCUGAAGUAACCCUGCCGUUCCCGGUGGCACUUAUUUACUUCCACACGUUUGUUUCCUGUUCCUUUUCGCGAGCGCCGGCCCGUCCCGCGUCCCGCAAUGCCAUCCAAAGACAGUCGAGUCCAUUCGAACGUUGAUCUGGAAAAAGAAGAAAUGAACUCCCGCGCGGGCACAUGACAAGUCGCCGCCGCGUGUAAAAGUUUUGAGUACGAGAGCGCACGAGUGAGUGUUGGUAAAAAAAAAAAAAAAAACGACAACAUUUUUGGGUUUCUUCUCUUUUUGCACCUUUUUGUCCACAUCCGUAAUCUUGGCCGUAGCUCCCCCUGCUGGUCUGCUCUUCAUCAGGCACGCUUGAAACUUGAAAUUUUGUCCAAAACGCCGAAUGUGACAUUUUCACAUCGAAUUUAUUAAAAGUAUGGAAGGUUGGUGCGUCGGAAAACCGGCGUGUCCGCUUUUGGCCGACAGGGGGCGGCAACAAACCGGUCACACUGAGUUUGGCGAGCUUUGAUAACUUAAAACACUUGGGAAGCUUUAAAAAAAAAAAUCAUUUUUUAGUUUUUAUUUUGUGGUUUUCAUUUUACUGUAUUUUUAGUAAUUUGCCAUAUUUUUUUACUUUUUUUUUUUGGGUAAAAGCACUUAAGUGUCGUCUGUGCGUUCUGAUAACGAUAGUAAUAAUCUUUUGUGUGCGUUCUUGUACUGUGAAGGGCCAAUUUGUAUACAUAUGAAUAUAUCAAUAUACAUAUUUUUGAAGCUUUUUUUUUUUUGUACGUUCCAAAGCUGCUUUUCAAUGUGUACCAUGAAGAGAGAGUGUGUAUGUAUUUGUGUGUACACGCAUGCAGGCGGGCAUCUUUAUUUUUUUGUUUGUUUCUUUUGUCCAAGUUUUGCAAGUAGUUUUUUUUUUUUCCUCCCCACUUUGUGAUGGUUUAAUCCUCUUUUGUGAAAUUUUAGUGGUAAACAACAAACGGUGUGUAAUUGAAUAUUUGAAAGAAAAAUGGAGGGGGGGGGGGGGAAGGUGUAAAGAAAGCAAGAAUGGACGACGAUGACAAAGACGAGAAGGGAUGCAUGGCGCUUUUAGCAGUAAGGAAGCUUUUCUGGUGCCUUACAAAUAAAAUAUGUGAUUGGAACA